CAUCACCAUGCCUAGAGAGAGGGAUCCUCUGGUGGUAGGUCGGGUGAUAGGGGAUGUCUUAGACCACUUCAACAAGUCCAUAUCCCUUAGGGUGACCUACAACUCUAGGGACGUUACUAAUGGAUGUGAGUUUAAACCCUCCCUAGUGAUCAAUCAACCAAGGGUUGAAAUUGGAGGCGAUGACCUUAGGACCUUUUACACACUCGUUAUGGUCGAUCCUGAUGCUCCAAGCCCAAGUAAUCCAAACCUAAAAGAAUAUCUUCACUGGUUGGUGACAGACAUCCCUGCAACUACUGGGGCAAGUUUCGGGCAAGAGAUCGUCUGCUAUGAGAGCCCACGUCCAACCAUCGGGAUACACCGGUUUGUUUUUGUACUUUUCCGGCAACUGGGUAGACAAACGGUGUAUGCUCCUGGAUGGCGUCAAAAUUUCAACACCAGAGACUUUGCUGAGCUUUAUAAUCUGGGAUUACCAGUGGCUGCUGUUUAUUAUAACUGCCAGAGGGAGAGUGGUUCCGGUGGAAGAAGACGAUGAAGUUAGAAGCUAUUUACAUAGCUUAUUCUCAUCAUGACAUUAUAUUAGAAGCUAUUUAUGAGACAAAUAGAUGUAUGGAGACUCUAGAAGCAGUUAUUUAUGAGACAAAUAGAUGUAGUUAGAAGCUAUUUACAUAGCUUAUUCUCAUCAUGACAUUAUAUUCUGCUUCCUGUUUUGU